AUGGCCAUGGUCAUUCAACCACAAAAGUCCCGAGGUUACCAAAUGCCACUUAAGUCUGGUGUCUUAUUGAAGAGAAGAAUUGUAAGAGUUACUCUUCCUGGCGAUGGAAUGGGACCCUCUAUUGAAGAUGGGCAUGGUCCAUUCCUGGACCUAAAAAAGGGCAAUUUGCCUAAUCCAGAACAAAUUCAAGGAAUAAUCAGAGGUCUAAAACAAAAGAUGCGGCUCAUCCAGGAGGAAAUACAUGGUGGACCAGUUGGUCAACUUGGGCCUUUUGAUUCAAAUAUCAACAUGUUGAAGGCAUUGGCACCAGGGCAAACUAAGAUGUCUCAAAAUGAAGCAAAACCAGUGGUUAGAGUGCAGACGGACGUUGGACAUCCUAUGAUGGAGAUCGACCGCGCGUAUGAGAGAAUAUUUAUGGUAUACAAGCUGACGUCUCAACUUUAUGAACAGUCUUCUGUUGUAGUUGAAGGGUCAUUGAAUGACAAUGCUAAAUGGUUUGAGGUGAACUUCUUGGUUGGAAAGAUAAAAGACGAUGACUAUUAUGACUAUGACGAUUAUUCUGACAUUGGAUUCCAUUUUAAUCCAAUGAUGGGUUACAAUGGAAGAACCUUUACAUACCGUAAUAUCCACAUGAAUGGAAAGUGGGGCUGGUCUCAGGGUUCAAGUAAAGAAAAUUUUCCGUUCCAUCCAGGACAGCCGUUCUACCUCGAAUUCUACAUCACCAAAACCGAGUUUAAGGUGGCUGUGGAUGGUCAGCAUUACAUCUCCUACAAACACAUAGAACCUUUUAGAGAUAUUAACAGGAUCCAGUUUCUCGGACAUAUAACUCUGACCAACGUUAACUUCCAAAACACCUCCAAUUACCCUUCCCCUCUGUCACAGACCAAACCUGUGGAAGAAGGGCAGACUGACGUUGGAAAUCCUAUGUUGGAGAUCGACCGCGUAUGGAAGAGAAUAUUUAUGGUAUACAAGAUGACGUCUCAACUUUAUGUCCAGUCUUCUGUUAUAGUUGAAGGGACGGUGAAUGAUGAUGCUAAGUGGUUUGCAGUUGACUUCUUGAUUGGAAAUGAAGUUUACGAUGAUUGGCCUCGCGUUAACUACGGUGCAAUGAAAGAUUACUCUGACCAAGGAUUUCAAUUUCAACCAUGGUUUAUUAAGAAUGUCUACACAUCCCGUAAUACAGCAAUAAAUGGCAAGUGGGGCUAUGAGGAGGGAUCAGUUGCUGAAAGGUUUCCGUUCUAUCGAGGACAGCAAUUCUACCUCGAAUUCUACAUCACCAAAGCCGAGUUUAAGGUGGCUGUAGAUGGUCUGCACUACGUCUCCUACAAACACAGAGAGCCUUUUAGAGAUAUUAACAGGAUCCGGUUUCGCGGACAUAUAACUCUGACCAAUGUCCACUUCCAGAACACCCCCGAGUACCCUUCCCCUCUGCCACAGAUAAAACCUGUGGAAGGAGGGCAGACAGACGUUGGGCGUCCUACGUUGGAGAUCGACCGCGUGUUUCAGAGAAUACAUACAGUAUACAAGUUGACGGCUCAACCUUAUGCCCAGUCUUCUUUUAUAAUUGAAGGGACGUUGGAUGAUAAUGCUACAUGGUUUGAAGUGAACUUUUUGUCUGGAUAUAAAGAAUACUAUGAUUCGCCUGACAUUGUAUUCCAAUUUAGUCCAAUUAUUGGUAAGAAAAAGAUCUAUACAUACCGUAAUACCUACAUGAACGGCAAGUGGGGCAAUAAGGAGGGAUCAGUUGCUGAAAGGUUUCCGUUCCGUCGAGGACAGCCGUUCUACCUCGAGUUCUACAUCACCGAAGCAGAGUUUAUGGUGGCUGUGGAUGGUCGGCACUUCAUCUCCUACAAACACAGAGAACCUUUCAGGGGUGUCACCAGAAUCCAGUUUCUCGGACAUAUAACUCUGGCCAACGUCGACUUCCAGAACACACCCAAGUACCCUUCCCCUCUGCCACAGAUAAAACCUGUGGAAGGAAGGCAGACAGACGUUGGACUUCCUAAGUUGGAGAUCGACCGCUUGUGUGAGACAACACAUGAGGUAUACAAGCUGAGGACACAACUUCAUGAACAGGCUUCUAUUAUAGCUGAAGGGUUUGUGAAUGAUGAUGCUAAACGGUUUGAAGUGAACUUUUUGGUUGGAUAUAAAGAUGACGAUGAUUGGCCUCAGCUUGAAAGGCCUCACAUUCUAAAUAAAGAAGACGAUGAUCGGCCUGACAUUGCAUUCCAAUUUAAUCCAACGUUUGCUGAGAAUAUCAUCGCAUACCGUAAUACCUACAUGAAUGGCAAGUGGGGCAAUAAGGAGGGAUCAAUUGCUGAAAAGUUUCCGUUGCGUCGAGGACAGCCAUUCUUCUUGGAAUUCUACAUCACCAAAGCCGAGUUUAUGGUGGCUGUGGAUGGUCAGCACUUCAUCUCGUACAAACACAGAGAACCUUUCAGGUCUGUCACCAGAAUUCAGUUUCGUGGAGAUAUAACUCUGGCCAACGUCGACUUCCAGAACACCCCCAAGUACCCUUUCCCUCAGCCACAGGGAGUGUGGAUACGUGCUGAAGAUUAUAAUAAGGAACAGCAUGGCGAAAUAAUUACUAGCCCUCAGACAGAACACCAGAAACCACGAUGAUGUUAUGAUGUGAGACAAACAACAAACCUAUGGAGAGAAAAUAUACAAGAGAGAAAAUGUCAAACUUACAUUGUACAUCGCAAUUAGGAUGCAGUACUAAAUAUAAAAAACAGU